AUGGAGGGACCACUGCACUACAGACAGUUUAGAAACUACACCAAUCAACGAAAUGUGCGUAUUCGAUACCUUAGGGAUAGAUUUAGCCCUUUAGAGGAAUACCACAAUGAAGACUUUUGUUUGCAUUUUCACGUCCGAAGGGAUUCAGGCAUUGACCUCGUAACAAUUUUGGAGAAAGAUCUUCAACAUCAAACUCGGAGAGGACAGUCGCUAACACCAAUGCAGCAAGUGCUUAUUGCGUUGAGAUUCUAUGCAACAGGAACUUUUCAAAGGGUUAUUGGCUAUAACGACUAUAACAAUGGAGGGUUAAAAAUGAUUGACAUCGCUUCAUUUACCAAAUCGCUCAAGACUGUUUGGAUCAAAAAAUACCUUGACGACUCUAACCGCGGAAAAUGGAAAUACUUUUUUGAAGUAGAACUUAAGAAGUACGGCGGCAAACUAGUCUUCACAUGUAAUUUACACAAACGUGACAUUUCAAAGUCGAUAUCGGUCCAAGACCCAUUUCUACAAGAAAUUUUAGAAAUAUGGUCAGAAAUUAAUUUUGAUGCUAAAAUCAAAACCGAGCAGCAAUUCCUUGAACAACAUAUAUGGCAUAAUUCGCUGAUUAGGAUCGAAAACAGACCGGUCUUCUACAAACAUCUUUUCCUGCAUGGAAUCACUAAGGUAGCCCACUUAAUGACAGACUCGCGGAAUUUUCUCCCCCUAGCAGAUUUUAUCAGCACUUACAAAAUACAAAUACAACCCAUAAAGUACUUCGGCUUAAUUUCUGCCCUUCGACACCAUUAUAAGACUAACUUUCUUAGUAAAGAACCCAGUAGCACAGACAUUCCCAAUACCUCCUCCGAGACCUUCUCCGAGACUUUUUUCAAGAACGAUAAAGUGAACAGAGUUGUAUACCAGAAGCUCCUCUCUUCCAAAAGCACCGUACCUGUUAAGAGCCAAGAGAAAUGGAAUGACAGCAUUAAAUCCGACCAAAGAUGCUCUGCUGACUGGACCAGCGCCUAUUGUCUGGCAGCUAGGUGCACAAAAAGCACAAAACUUGUAAACUUUCAAUUUAGAUUCCUUCACCGAAUUUUACCAACGAACCUUUUCCUAACAAAAAUUGAUAUAAAGCAGGACCCGAACUGCUCUUUCUGUACCAUCCAUCCCGAAAACCUAAUCCACCUCUUCUGGAACUGUACAAUAGUAGCCACCUUUUGGGAAAAUUUGACUGAAAAACUAAAGCAGAUCAAUCUAAUAACGAUAGAUUAUCCAAAAUACACUGCUGUAUAUCUGGGCCUGAAACCAGACACCUCCAAGUUUUCACUUCAACUAAAUUUCUGCUUUCUCCUGGCAAGAUAUUAUAUAUGGAGCUGCAGGGUCAACCAGAAAAUUCCGAAUUUAACAACUUUUCUUAUGUCCCUUAAAUCGCAUUUUUACAUAGAGUCCAACAACAUUGAUGCAACUUCUAAGAAAUGGAAUCCUUUACGUCCACUUCUCAACAUUACAUAGCUUUUGGUAAAAUAAAAGCUUUCCUAUUUAUCCAUUUUCUGUAAAUGAACCAAGGCCAAAGUGCAAUUGAGAGCUAGACAUACCGCCAAUAUUUCUUAAAGUAUCUAUUUCACAUAUCUUUCCGCACUGUUUAUUAAUCAUCUUAUUAAUCAUCUAAUUAUACAUAUUUAUGAUUUAUAAUUAAUAUUAGCAAUUGUUGUCAAUGUUAUCUCAAAUAGUUAUUGCUAAAAACCGUUUUAGGCAGAGGAGUCGCCUUUUUUCUUUCUUUCUUGUCAUUUAUUUAUUGUCUUUAGUAGUCCUUUUGUUUGUUGUAAACCAGUUUUAGGUAUUUUAAUGUAAGUAAGUAGCAAACAAGUAAGUAGUAAAGCUGUAACGUAAGUAAAUUUUGUAGUCCUGUUGUAAGUAAGUACCGUAUUUGUAUUUUAAGUUGUGUAGCUAUAUUGUAAGUGAAUGCCAAGUGUGAUCAUAAAUUAAAAAAAUUAAAAAAAAAAAGGGUUAUUGGCGAUUUAUUUGGUGUUAGUGCAUUUGCUGCAUGUACUGCAGUUGACAAGGUUUCAAGGGCUAUUGCAAAACAAAGAGCACAAAAAACCUGGCUGAUAUAA